AUGUCUUUGAGUAUAGACAGAGCUUUGAUGGCGAUGUCACUGGAAGAAGAAGAUAUUCCAUUCGAUCUUCCAGAUGACCCAGAUUACAGUUCGUGUGAAAGAAACGAGUUUAGUGUCAUUGGAAGGCUUCUUAACCCAGAUUGUCAGAAGAUGUCUGAUCUGAUUUUAGAUAUGCCAAGGAAAUGGCAGCUCUAUGAUAGAGUUAGAGGUGUUGCUCUUAAUCAAGAAAGGUUUCAGUUUAUUUUCAAACAUGAACUGGAUCUUGAGGAGGUUUUGAGGAAAGGAGUUCAAUCGUUUAAUCUUUGGACCUUAGCUAUUGAGCGUUGGAUUGAGAGACCUCCAUCUGAUUAUCUGCAGUUCAUCGAGGUUUGGGUUCAGAUUCGGAAGAUUCCUGUCAAUCAUUAUACUCUUAAAGCUAUUACUGCUUUGGGAGAGUUUGCUGGGCUUGUAAAAGUGGUUGCUUGGGAUCCGUUGAAGGCUCAGAACAGAUCUUAUGUGAGAGUGAAGGUGGUAUUUGAUGUUUCCAAGCCAUUGCGGGUAUCAAAGGUUGUCAACUUACCGUCUGGUGAGGUUGCGACGAUUUUCUAUUACUAUGAAAACAUCCAGAAAAGAUGCUACACAUGCCAAAGAAUCACCCACGAGCAGGAAAGAUGUCAUCUCUUUAUUGCUUCUAAACAAAGCAAUGAAAAAGGGAAAAAGUUUAAGAGCUUUCCUUUGGUGAAGAGUAUUCCAAUAGUUCUGAAAGAGUUUGAUCCCCUUUUUGGUGUUCUUGCCGAAAAUCAAGUUGGGAUGAAUCCUCAUACAGGAAGGCCGAGGAUUGCUGCUGAGGUUUUGGAAGGUAUGAGACAAUAUCUUUUGUUGGCUAAUGGUCCGGAAAGAAUUAUCAGAGAGGAAAGAGUCAAAAACUCGGUUGCAGUGGCAGAAAAAGAUCCGAUUGCUCAGAAAAUCUCUCUCAGGCUGGAAUCUCCUCCUAGAGUCUCGACUGAUAUUGAUAAAGGAAAAGGAAAAUUUUUUGAUUUUGAGCUUAAUGAUAGCCUUAACAGGCGGGAAGAUCCAAAUAAGAAUGAGAAUAAGCUCCUUUCGUCUGCUAUUCAAUCUGAGAGGACUAUGAGUUUAUUGCGUUGA